AUGGCCACUACGGCAACCGCUCCUACAGCGGCCAAUGGUCCUGCCUCCGCAGGUGCUUCGUCUGCUGCCUCGGCAUCUGCAGCAAGGCCUCAGUUGAAGAGCACAAUUUCUGGAACUUCAAACGGCGGAAAUACUAACAGGAGGUCAGUUCAAUCACCCAUUGAUGCCCAAAGACGGAAUGCUUCCCGGGGACCUUGGCAAGCGAAUACACAUCAAAAAUAUAAUGGGGGUUCUACAAACGCAGUUACCUCAUCAUCGCCUACACCAAGUCAGGCUGCCGCGAUGAAGGCGCGGAACCCAACUAUACCUCCCGGAGGUGAAUCCGAUACUCAUGAUAAGCAUAUGCAUGAUAGGACACUUUUUUUACUUGCAAAUUUAAUUGGCAAAACAAUUACUAUAACUCUCAAGACUGGUGCCCGUUACACUGGUAUUCUUGUAGGAGCUGACGCAAAGAACCAUGAUAUCGGUGUUGUGAUGAAAUGGGUCAAGCUUGUUCGAGCUCCUUUGGGCGAUAGUGGAGAUGGGGUGGAAGAAGGAGAUCAUGUUGGUGGUGGCCCAGAGAAAACUAUGAUUUUCGAGCCUAGAGAUCUCGUAGAUAUCUUCGCAGAAAAGAUCGCGUUGGGCGAGGCUGAAGGCCACGCGAAUCAUCAGAAUGGUACUUUUAGGACCGACGCUGAUAUCUCUGGAAAUCUUACCAUGCGGGAACGAGAGCUCCAUAGGUGGCAGCCUGAUGAAGCUACUAAUAACCUCUCUCUCGAGGAGUCCGCCCCUGGUUCUCAGGCUGGUUCCCAGGGUCAAGGAUGGAAUCAGUUCGAAGUAAAUGAACGUCUUUUUGGUCUUAAAUCGGAUUUUAACGAAGAUAUUUAUACCACAAAGCUAGAUCGUGCUCAUCCACUUUACCAGCAACGUGAAGCAGCAGCAGCAAGAAUUGCUAGAGAAAUAGAGGGUCAAACCAUCAAUGCAAGCAUGAAUCCUCACGUUGCUGAGGAACGAAAUAUCGCCCUCGGAGAUGAUAGCGGAAUUGAUGAAGAAGACAGAUACGGUGCUGUUCAACGCAAUCCUGUGGCCGGUGGUGUUGCCCAGGCGCAGGCCACACAGGCCAUAAACUCACGAUAUACGCCGCCAGCUUUGAGGGCGCCUACGGGGCACCCGACUGUUCCUGGCGCUCCUCAUGAUCCCGCUAUAAUAUCCUCCCAACUGGUUCGUCCAGAAACUUUACAGCAGAAACAGCAGCAGGCGCCGCAGGCACCAAGAGCUGUUCUUCCAACAAUUAAUCUGCCUCAAGCCACAAAGUCAGAGGAUGCUACUAAUAAACCAAAAGAGAAGUCGACUCUUCCUGAGAUCAUCGCACCUAAGAGAAUGCUAGGAACGUCUGAGGUCUCUUCAACAAGUCAACCUCCAAUACCCGAACUCACACAGGACUUCAAGCAAUUUGUUAAUAAUGAGAAAGAACGCUACAUGAGGAGAAAAGCCGAUUUACAGCAGAAGGAUAGGGCUUCAAAACUAGAGGAGCUUAAGAAAUUCUCUGUAAAUUUCACUCUUAGAACUGAAAUUCCUCAGGACUUGGUACCAAUAUUGGCAAAAGAUAAACAAAAACAAGCUGAAAUUGUUGAAAAGGCCAAGGCAAAUGUUGCUAAGGUAGUCUCGCCAACGACUUCAACUACUUCACAAACGGCCAAGCUGCCUGGAACAAGAGAGCCGGUUCCAAAUAGCUUUGCAGCGAAGAAUCCGACUGAACAUGAAUUGGUGAAACAGCAACUUCUGAACGGAUUUCCGCCGCAACGUCAGCCACAGAGGGCCCAGCAUCCCGCUCCUCUUCUUAGUGCUCGCUUGAAACAAAUCCAAGAUGCGAAGAAAGGGGGGCAACAGCUUCCUCAUGUACGUUCACCGGUACCUAUUCCUGAACACCCCCAGAAUAUCCCAACCGGUCCUGCCGCAGGAAAUAUUCCCAUUGCCCCUAAGUCCAUAUCUCCUGCAUCUAUGAGUAUGAGAGCGGGUGCAAAGGCGAUGGAGUUCAGACCCAAUCCCAGUGCAGCCACCUUCACGCCUACAUUUGGGCCAUCCACUACUGCUACCCCAAGUCCUACCACAUCUGCUCCCGCACAUGCCUCACCUCGGGCCACAAGCCCAUCCCUAUUUUUUGGGAACAAAAAGCCAAAACCAGAACAGGAAAGGAAGUCUAUUAAAAGCUCCUUCAAUCCAAUCAAAAGGAUGAUGAAGGCGGGACAGAAUAAUGGACCGGUUCAGACAGAUCCGAAGUACUUGAAAGGAAACUCCAAUGAUUUCAUCGACAUGCCUUUCCACACCAUUCCAACCUGGCCAACAGCCGAAGGUAAUGAAGAAAAGAAGUAUGUGCAGAUGUUUGCGAGAACAGAGCUUUCCGCGUCGAGUACCAUGCACUCUCCACAGCCUCCACAUAUUGCCCCCCAUCAACCACAUCACCAUCCACAGGGUCCUCCCCAUAUGGCUCAUGCCAACCAACCCCCACAUGUAUCGCACCAACCACACCAUUCGCACAUGCCUCAACAUCAUUUGGCGAUCCCGCCCCAGCACUACGAGCAAGAUCAGCACCUUCGACAGAUCCCACCAUCUGUUAUGCCUUCACCAAACUUACACAACGCAACCCUCGCGCCUUACCAGCAGUCCCCAGUCGCCCAUCACUCACAAAUGCCUAUGUAUACUGCCCAUCCACAGGGACAAUAUGUACCAGGUGGCCCGGGUGCCCCAUUCGUUGGCCAGUUCUACGGUGGAUUUAGAGGUCCUGCUGGUGCUGGACAGAUGAUGGUACCUGGACCUCAACCUAUCCCGUAUCCUGGACAAUUUAUACCCCACCAAAUGUAUUCACCUCAACAACCUCAUGCCUAUAUGCAUAAUGGCACUGCUCCCCCGCCACCUCCAAGUUCACAAGGAUACCCAAGUCCUGGACGAGGUGCUCCUAUGAUGAUGCACCAAGGGUCAUCGCAGGGAACUCCUGCGGGACCUCAAAUGAUACCAUAUGCAAUGCAGCCUGGACAAGGUGGCCCGAUAUAUGGGCAAGGACAGCAACAAAUGGGUAUGAUGCGUGGACAACCUCUUCCACACCAGGGAGGGCCGCCACCCCCGCAACCGUAUUAUCAUGGCCCACAAGGACAUUAUCCUCCUGGAGGUAGGGGGAACAAUUAUGGCGGACAUCCUCAACAGCAGCACCAGGGUGGGCAACAUGCUCCCCCACCACAGCCACAACAGCCACAACAGACUCAGCCGCAACAGACCGCGGCGGAUGGUGAGGGUGGGAAAUAG